AUGGUUCGUGUGAAGGAAAAGGCUCGGAAGGGUGACGAUGCGUUCAAGACACGGAAACAAAAAGUCGGGCGGAAAAAACUCGCCCCGGCAACAGCCACACGGGCGGAGGUACACGCCCGCACACUUCGCGUAACGACACCAACAGCAAUCACUCGAGGGAUUCUCGAGAGCGAGGCCGUAAGAACGGGGGAGAACUGCCAAACUCAUAAAGGUGAGAAAGAAAAACGUGUGGUGUCGGCGGACCAAUUACACCGAGACUUUAAGGAACAUCUUGCGGGCACGAGGCAUUACAAAAAGGUGGUUCGGUCCACAUCCUUCGCAUCACUCACGAGGGCCGUCGCUGGGCACUUCUCAGCGGUCGGAAGGGCGGAUGACUCAUCAGCAAUGGGGAAUGAAACGCAACUGAGCCCAUUGGAGAUUUUGUACGCCUACACGGGAGCACUCGAUGCCAUGACGGACACUGAUGAUGACGUCCGACGCGCAGCUUUGGGCACGUUGAAGGUCAUUUUGUAUCGACGCAAGCCGGCAGCACAAAUCGAUGAGCAGGGGAGUGGUGCCAUGGAGGCCGGUGGCGGUUCCGCUACGGCGUUUAACGUGGACCAGGCACGCGCCGCUUUGCGUGUUGUGGAUGUAACAUUAACCCAUGCAAUGGUGUCGGUGCGGCGGUCUGGAGUGGAACUGUUACAACUCAUCUUACAGGUGCAACCACUCAGCGUUAGGGCAGUGUUGAGUGAAUCAACCACAUGGGUGAAAAUGGCAGGUCGUAUCUCCAGCAUCGUUCUGCCCAGCACGAGUAACGGAAGCGGCAACAGUCCAUCGACAAAAAUGUUUCAUGUGGUUGCUGACCUACUCGAAACAAUGAUACCUCUGCAUCGAAGUGAGAGUGAUGCGUGGAAUCAGGGGUGCCCGCGAGCGCGACAUGCUGUGGAUGAAGUGGUUGACAAACAAGGCGAAAGUAACGUAUCACUCUCUGCUUUGGUUGCUCAAUUUUUUGAUGAGUGCAGUCCUCGGUGGUGUGUGGCAUGGAAGGAACUCAUGGAGUUGCGCGCUGCAUUAUUCCGUGAUGUGGAAUGGGUGAGACACGCUACAGCGCUGGCACGUGCGUUUGCCUGCUGUGCGAUGUACCUGUGGGACCAUCGCCUGCUUGGCCGAAAGAACUCGCGGCUCAUGCACCACCUCUUCACUGUCAAAGUACCCUUCACUAUGCAUGAACUGAUUGCUCCCAGAGACCCCACUGCAGAAAGCGGUUGUGGGGUUGGUAAUGGCAGUAAAUGGCGCGUUGAAUUAGCCAACGCCAUAGCCAACGCUUGUCUUCCACUCGCCGCCGCAAAUGAUGACACCUGGGAAGUGUUGCAUAACUUCCUCUCGAUUAGUUUUCACUGUGCAAAGGAUUCGGACUCCUCAGAUGGGACGUCUUCCGCUGGUGAAAGCGGUAAAUCCAGGCGUGCUACCCAACUUGUUGGGCCCGUGCGUACUCUGCGAACAGCGGUGGUACGCCUUCAUCAGGCUUUACUUCCACGUUUGCUUCCGAUUGCAUCACCCCUUCUUCAAAUAGUUAUGCAAGCGACUAAUCUGAGUGACAGUAGCGAAACAGAUCGGUUGGCGUUAGUAGACGUGCUGCUGAUGUCGGCGGAUGUGUUUUCUUCAUUUGUAACCUCGCAAGUCGCCGUGCAAAAUCCUCAGAACAUCCGAUACCUUCGUGACGUCGUUUUGGUGGUUCCUCGUUUUUUUUUCGCCCUGCGCGGUCUCCAGAUGGAAGCCGCCUGCCUCGACCGCAUCGUCUUCUCUUUCCUGUAUCCGUUGUGGAGGGUGGUAAGCAGCGGUCAUCCGCUACUGUCUUCACCAAUGCCAAACAAAUUACCAGGCGGCGCGCCGUCUUCCCCACAGGUUAAUAAAGAAAACAAGCAAAAGAUAACAGCUUUGCAACUGCUCGCUCGUUCCUUAACGUCCCUGUUUGAGAUUCGCGUACCUGACAGUGGCGGUGAAGGCACAUGCAGAUCUGUUGCAGGUGUUCUGCAGCGUUGUAGCGACAGGACGGUGGAGUUAGCAGUGCACACAUUGUUUUAUGUGGGCGCGACGGUGCCGCCCACGAGCUGGACACGUGAAAACAAUGUACUUUCCCUUCCAACACUCGUGGACACUUUGCCGCGACCCGGUGUUUGUGCGUGA